UUGACCCUGAAUACAUCUGCCCCUUAAAUGAAUGGGCGCUGCAAUAAUUUGUUAUAUUUAUUUUAAAACGGUGCCGUUGUCCCCUGAGAACGAGGGCAGCCAUAGUUGUGUUGAUAGAAGGAGCACAAGAGAAAGUCUGCACUUUCAUUACACUGACAAACUGCUUGGGGUGACGUUUCAGUUCUUGAGAAUUUGUACUUUGCACCUCGCUUCUCUGGGGGUGGAGGCAACAUUCACGAGAUUCCUUAUCGAUCCAUCUCUGCAGAUUAGACUUCAUUUACCUGUGCCCGAAAUAGACACCUGCGUUGUUCUCCCCAUGCCUGAAAUACCUCUAAUUCUGGUCCGAGUUCAGCAACCCGACCCAUCAAUUGUGCCUGAACUUUAUUAUUUAGUAUUCCUUCCUGCCUGCACACACCUAGAGAUAUAAAUACACGCUAUAACCAUUUAUUGGCCAACCUUUGACCUGGUAUAACAUGUGUACAUUGUUGUUUCUUUUAAUAAUUGAUAUUACAGCCCUUCUGCUGGUAUAUGACUGGUAGAAAGGGAGCCUGAGCAGCUUGUUAGAUAGGCUUUAUAGCAUUGCUAACUAAUGAGCAGCCUAUGGAACUCCAGGGUCUUGGCAUGGAAUGUUCUAAAGGGUAACUAUAGACAUUAUGUCUAUAUCUGAACGCCCUUCUGCCGCUUAUAGCAAUGAUUGGGCGAUUGCAUGAAAUGCGUAGGGUCAGACCAUUCCUGUUCUACAAACCUCACCCAGUUUCUGCUUAUUAUUUUGUCAUGCACAUCUAUCAUCCUGCCUCCCAGUCCUACCUAGUCAUGCACGUGACCCCCACCCACACACACGCUUCUAUUUUUGUCUUGUUUACCUGUAAAAAGGUAUCCCUGAUAAUAUCUAAGAGGACUAAGAAUAAUUUGCCUAAGUCAGUGAAUGUGUGUCUGCAAUGUGCAGGGCUCUGCGUCAGGGCGUUUAUGCAGAAGUGGUUACGAAUCGUCUCGACCGAUGCACGACCCACAGCAGGUCAGGCACGUUACAGCUCAAACCGACAGAUGGAGGCAGGUGCCAUGGCCAAAGCCAUUUGUCUCUGAAGGGCAACUUUCUCCCUCCUUGAGACUGAAACGCCCAGGAAGCUGUCCUGUUGGUUGAAUAAAUGUAGUGUAAGUAAAUGCUCGGAUCUGAAUGACUAUAGGUGUGAGUGUAAGUUGGCCUCUUGUUAUGCUUUGCCUUGGCGAUAAGCCCCAGACAGUUGAAGUUGGGCAUCUGUGUGAGUCCAGGCAGUAAAACAGUAAACAGACUUUACCCGUGUUGUACAGGAGAGAAUCAUUUAUGCACCUUGUCGUAUGUUAAUGAGUUUCCGGCACAGUUCAUCCAUCCCUAUAUCUCUAUAUUGGUGCAUUCCAAAUGACUUCCAUACUGUGGGCCCGUAAGAUAAAUUAGUACAGUGUUUGCUUUCCAUGCGUGCGAAUUUCAUCAAGCCACAAUACACUGCAGGUUUCUACUGCACCAUGCAUCGUUCACUACCUCUUUUCAUACAUUACCUGCACUUUGCAUUAUCUCUCCUCAUCCACAGCUUGCUUUUUCUCUUUUUAUGCAUGACCGGCACGUUGCAUUCACUCAUUUCAUGCAUGACCGGCACCUUGCAUUCCCUCUUUUCAUGUAUGACUGGCAACUUACAUUCCAUCUUUUCAUGCAUGACUGGCACCUUACAUUCCCUCUUUUCAUGCAUGACCACACCUUGCAUUCCCUCUUUUCAUGCAUGACUGGCACCUUACAUUCCCUCUUUUCAUGCAUGACCGGCACCUUACAUUCUCUCUUUUCAUGCAUGACCACACCUUGCAUUCCCUCUUUUCAUGCAUGACUGGCACCUUACAUUCCAUCUUUUCAUGCAUGACCUGCACCUUGCAUUCCCUCUUUUCAUGCAUGACCGGCACCUUGCAUUCCCUCUUUUCAUGCAUGACUGGUACCUUGCAUUCUCUCUUUUCAUGCAUGACCUGCAUCUUGCAUUCCCUCUUUUCAUGCAUGACCGGCACCUUGCAUUCCCUCUUUUCAUGCAUGACUGGUACCUUGCAUUCUCUCUUUUCAUGCAUGACCUGCAUCUUGCAUUCCCUCUUUUCAUGCAUGACCGGCACCUUACAUUCCAUCUUUUCAUGCAUGACUGGCAUCUUGCAUUACCUCUUUUCGUGCAUGAUCUGCACCUUGCAGUUCCUCUCUUCAUGCACGACCGGCACCUUGCAUUCCCUCUUUUCAUGCAUGACUGGCACUUGCAUUCCCUCUUUUCAUGCAUGACUGGCACUUGCAUUCCCUCUUUUCAUGCAUGACUGGCACUUGCAUUCCCUCUUUUCAUGCAUGACUGGCACUUGCAUUCCCUCUUUUCAUGCAUGACUGGCACUUGCAUUCCCUCUUUUCAUGCAUGACUGGCACCUUGCAUUCCCUCUUUUCGUGCAUGACCUGCACCUUGCAUUUCCUCUUUUCAUGCACUACUGGUACCUUGCAUUCCCUCUUUUCGGAUCCCCUCCACGUUCUCAUUUUAUCUCUUUCUGUGUCUUCAGUUUCUGCACCUUUGAGUGUGAGAUGAAUUAGGGAUAAAAGGAGUGGGUGAAGUGUGCAGGUAAUUAGAGAUAUUAAAGAUAAAGCGGAGAGGCAGAGAAGGAAUAUGAGAGUGGAUGCGGUGCCCCAGGAGAUGGAGGAAGUGAGACAUUUUAUAUUUAUCAGUAAAGGUUCGGCUGACUUGCCUAUUACCCACUUUUGGAAGAGCCUGCAACCCUCUCGGCCUGCCUUGUUGACUUCCAAUCUCAGUGAAAUAGUUGAGCCACGGAUACACGUGAUAUCACCGGAAGCCGCAAUCCAGUCAUUUCUGAGAAUCUGGAAUUCCAAGUGAUGAUCUCAGGCACCAACAUGUCCCGACGGAUCAGAAAUCUGUUACAGUUAUGGUGACGACCCUACUCUCUUUACAAAUCCAGGUGUUCUGUGUGCAAGUGAAACCCAUUUCCUCCGACUGUUGUAAUUAUGGGAGAAUCGGCUACAGUAAAAGCUCAGUGGAUGCAUGAUCCUGACUGGAGGGUCCUGUAUGCGUAGAUCGCUGUUGGACACAGAAUAGGAGGAGGGUCUGCAAUUGUAUAAGCAAGAACAUGGCUGGGUCAAGUAUAUCAUAGACUAUUAGAUUUUUGGGAGCAGGUUUGUGUUGGUGAGGUCAGCUGACAUCAAAUGACUGUAAUUAAGCCAAUUAUUGUGCACUGUAGGAAUCCGCCUGUGAGCAGCUCUUUAUGAAUGAACCUGGCAGUGUGUUGUUGAUGGAUAUUCGGAAGAAGGCCAAUUAGGAUGGAAUUCGGGCUGUGCGCAUUAUAAUAGGGUGACUGAUCCAGUGAUGGCUUCACAUGCUCGUAAGUCUUAAUAGGAGAUUCACAUGGAAAGGCAGUUGCAGGAACGGAUAUCUCCAGACUGUGGAACUGACUGUGUACAGACCAGGAAGUCAUUGCUACACACACUCGCCCCUCCCUCAACCCGUACUCUGCACCUCUCCUUGCUUCCUAAAAUCUCUUGACGUGAGACAGAAUGAGACAUUAGGCUGAGAGCUCCGAGACAGACCCACGGAUCUUCCAGAGUGAUUAGGAUUGCCAAGGUAACAAUGUCCGAUGAAGAGGAUGAGGUGUGCUGGUCCAAGCUGGAGCACUAUCGGGUCAAGCUCAUCUCAGUGAUAGACCCCAACCGGAUCACCCCGUAUCUUCGCCAGUGCCGGGUGUUGUCCAUCGACGACGAAGAGCAGGUCUUUAAUGACCCAAGUCUUGUCAUGCGCAAAAGGAAAGUGGGUGUGCUGCUUGAUAUUUUACAGAGGACUGGGUGCAAAGGUUAUGUGGCGUUCCUGGAGAGCCUGGAGCUUUAUUACCCGCACCUGUACAAGAAAAUAACUGGAAGCGAGCCAUCCCGCGUCUUCUCCAUGAUCAUAGACACUGCAGGGGAAUCCAGCCUGACCCAGCUCCUCAUGAACGAGAUGCUGAAGCUCCAGCAGGUCAUUCAGGAAGAAAGGCAAAAGUACAAAGAACUGAACAAGGAACUGCUGGAGAAGGAAGAUAUCAUCCGGCAGUAUCAAGUGAAGGAUAAUGAGCUGAAGAAGCACCAGGAGAGGGUCAAGAAGAUGAAGGAGGAGAGAGACAACUUGAACGUUGAACUGAAAAAGUUCAAAGAUGAGAAUUAUGACCUGGCCAUGAGGUACGCCCGUCAGAGCGAAGAUAAGAACGUAACUUUGAUGAGAAACAGAGAUCUACAGUUAGAGAUAGACCGUUUGAAGCACAACCUGAUGAAGGCCGAGGAUGACUGUAAGCUGGAGAGAAAGCAAACUAGGAAGCUGAAAAACGCCAUUGAGAAGAGGCCAAGCCAGGACGUUAUCCUUGAGCUGCAGAGAGAAAAUGAUCUCUUAAAGGCCAGGAUUCAGGACCUGGAUAACCCAGUGCAGAAUGUGUUUGUUUAUCAGAGUAUGCCCAGAGGAGAGGCAUCUGAGAAGACCAGGAUGUACAUCCAAGUGCUAGAAGAUGACCGCAGACAAGCCUUGGAACAACACCAAGAACUGGUCAACUCGGUGUACACUUUGAAAAUGUCUCUCCGACUGGCCGAGGAUAUCCGAGACAAAUACAAGGAAGAGAAGGAGAUCUUGGAACUUCAGUGCACUACACUAAAGAAAGAUUCAAAACUGUAUAAGGAACGGAUUGAAGCCAUACUGCAGCAGAUGGAGGAAGUGUGUGCAGAGCGGGAUCAGGCCAUGGCGACCAGGGAACAGUUCCACACACAGUAUUCCAAGAGCCUCAUCAGCAUGGAUUUGUAUCGGAAGCAGCUGCGGGAGAUGGGGGAGAAGUGCGAUGACCUGCAGAUCCACCUAUUUCGGAUGGAGAGGGAAUCGUUGGCCAUGAAAACGGAGCUGAAAAAGAUCAAGUCUCCGGCGAUGACUUCUGAUUUUGAAGAGUUUUCUCCCCAGGAGAGUCGCAAUUCUCCAGACAACAAGUGCCCAGAAACGGUCCAAAAUGAGCGGGUGUGCCAGACGGAUAACCCAAAUUCCAAGGACGUAACAGAGCCAUCGCAGUCGCAGAAUAGCAGCCCGGUAAAUGGAUCCGGCAUUAGAAGGAAAGUCAAUAACAGUUUUGAAGACAUCCGAAGGAAAAGGGUGCUCAGAACGCGGAAGAACUCGAACACAGAAGAGUAUUACACUACAGAAAGUGACGCCGAGGGGACUCCUUAGGGGACAGACUAUAUUUUUAUGUUUGGCUUUAAAAACUUGGAUGGAGAGAGACUGGGGCGUGGAGACUGGAGGCCUUAUGAGGAGCCUCACCCCCUGUGCUGUAAAUGGGGACCCUGAAACCAGCCUUAAUGACUCCAAGAUCCCCACCAGUGUUUUCUGUUUACAUUCCAAACUGCCAACAGUGACACAGGUGGCAGUUUAGCAGCUCCGCCCCUUCCAGGCAAGAAGCGAUGGGCCCCCACGGAACCUGAUACAUGGGGCAUUUCUCAUUCGAUGUCAAUAGUGCUUAAUAUAUUAAAUGUCAUAUAGACAUGGGGGGGAGAAAGGGCUGAUGGGAAAUGUCCUUGGUUAGGGGCCCACUAGGCAUGGGGCCCCCUGGAGAUUCUCUGAUAAAUGUCCCCCUGUAGAAUGGGAUCACAUUGCCAGUGCCCAAUAGGAAUAAGCUGCAGCACCUACUGACAGAAGCUAAUAUGUUUUGUAAAGCUAUUUUGUUUUUUUAUAUACUAAAGAGUGAUCUUAAUAAUUAAACCCAUACGGAAA